GUUCGGGAUCCAAGGCAGCGAGCAUACAUCAUGAGCGGACGCGACAAACCGCCAGUCGUCGCCGUCUUCCUUGUAGUCUUCGAUCAGAAGGUAGGAUAUACCAUUGCCUGGAGCCGUAGCCUGGACGACGUCGACCUCGAUGGAGUGGAGUUUAAGAGUCUGCCUUCUGGCUUGCAUGCUGUCAAGGAAGAUCUCGUGUUCUUUCUGCAUGGCGCUCAUGCCGGCGUGAGUGCAUUCGUACAAGAAGAGGCAGAUGCCAGGCAUCGUAAUGCGAGCUUUGUAGCUGUUGGCGCAUUGGUGCCAUCAGGCUAUGGACAGCUGGGGCGCAGUUGGACUCAUGCGGAAGAGCUAAGAAGUAUGGGCAAAGAUGCUGUGAAGAACACUGCUCAUAUGGAUGCACUGGAAGCUUUCUGGGAAACCCAUCGGGCAGAUAAUUCAGCUGGGAGCUUGCCUGCGCCGCUCCUGGCGAACCGUGACAAUGGUGGUAGUGAGCAUCAAGCGAGGCGCAAGCGCGCUGCUUCAGAGACCACCAUGGGCCUGCAUACCGACGGAGCGUGGCCUUCAGAUCAUCCUGCCUUGCAAGUGCCCGCCAUGCUCGAGACGUUCGGGCCGCUGCUAUUCCCGCUGCAUCGCGCUGCAUUGUCUAGGAGCCGCAUUUUACUACUGGGCAGUCCCUCGGUACAAAACAAUACUAACCUAGUCUACAUGGCAUCUGUACUGUCAUCCAUCACAAAAGAGCUGGCAGAGUCCUUACCAACAGAAGCUGAGCCCAUUUUCCGAAGUUCGCCAUUAUUCAGCAUUGGCAUCCACGACAUUCCCGACUUGACGAAACGCAGUGGCGAUAAUGGUGGCUGGAUCGCGACUACUACGGAUGGCAUCCUUGGAGACAAGAAGAACCUCUAUGAUCUGCUUGUCAGGCUGCCUCCGCAAGCUGCUUCUAGCUGGUCUUGGCCAGAGCUAAGGACUGCUACCGGUAGGGUUGUGAAAGCGUCGCAGCGCGAUCUGCAGCGAUGGAAUCUCUUGCGCCGAGAGAUGGGCAGGCUGAGACGGCAGGCUGUAACCGCAUUCGUAGAUGAGUCGCCAACCACGAACGAGAACGAUCGGCGUCCUCUCCUCGAACGUCGGAACACUAGUAGAGACGAUGUGAAUGAUGUCGAAUUCCUUGACCGCGAUAGCACGGACGUAGUAGAGCCACCCACAUGGUCCGCCAUGGCAUAUCGAGGCUUCAUGUGGUGGGCAUCAGCAGGCGAUGUUACUGCAUGGGAGAACGACGAUGCCAAAGCCGACGAAGAGCUCCUCUUCGAUAUGCCUGACAUUGGUGGCAUAUUGGCCGAAGAAAGUGGUCUACGCGGGGAGUCCGAGUACGCGCGCGCCGCUGCUACGCUCCUCGUGGCAUAUUUCCGAAACGUCACUGAAAGCAUACUGCGUCCGAUGGCGAGCAUUGUGGAGGCUGCAGAUGACGAUACAGAAGAGGGAGUGGAAGAGAAUGAGAUACCAUUCGGUAGCAACGAUCUUCGUGCUAUGGGGCUCGACUCUUGGAGUGAGCCUGAUAGGCUGUUUGUUAAGGAUAUGCUGCAGACGUGGUUCCAUCGGGAUGCUGUUAUCGUGGACAAUGGCGUGCGUGUCUGCGGCAUGCGGGUGUUCUGAACUAUCACCCCGGAAUGAGCACCUGCGCUGUCGAUUGUGCACAUAGUCGAAGCCUUGGCCACCGAGCUCGCGAUUCAGGCGCCUCACGAAUGCAAUCCGUGGCGAGCCCCCAUGCUCUCUCCCUAUGCUCAAUCGACCUGACUUGACUACUGGGGAGGUGACAUUGCUUUGGUGCGCCACCUCGCUAUCGUACAUGUUGAAAUCUGUCGUCAGUGGAAGACAUAUGACGAUUUGCUGGAACGUGAAGAUGAGAACAAACAUCUGUCACAAUGGCACUAGUGAGUUCCUCCGACACUAGCAACACGUUGACAGCGAACUACGCUGCUCAUACAUGAUCCAUCUUUGCCUUGCUUCGCCUAUCGAGCAGAGUAUAGCAUCGGGGUUCCGAAUGUUCAAUUUGCGGCGACGGCAAGAAGAAGCUCAGAGCAUGAGCAAAUGUCGCGUAAUUGGAACCGCUCGGCAUCAUCGCAUUGUUGGAUGCGUCCAUCGAAACAUUCGCCAGAAGAAGGAUCAUCCCACAACGACGCCAUGCGAACGACAGCGAAUCACAGCCUCUCGACGCUACCGCGAACAGGUGUUCCUCGGUACUGCCACUUUUGCUGCUUGCCGAGACAUCGUUACCUACCCAUUGAAAUUAGUGCUGGAGCGUUAUUCAGAGUGCAUUUACAGCAGGUGAGAUGUGGCAUUUGGUUCACUUCUCGGUGGUAAGAGCAAUAGAGACGGGGGAAGUGUAAAGCUUGAUUGCGACAGUCGGAGUAAGUUCUCCUACUAAGCAGCGAAGGCUACGAAGCACAACGAGGCGUGAUGGAGGGACGGGUAUGAACGGAGAGGCUGGUUACGGAGCGCAAGGACUUAUUCGAUCCAUACUCUGUCUCACGUGGGCAUUGGAUCCUUGCCAGGAGACCAUCAUCUGUGUCGAUUGGCGCUGUAAAUAGAGUUCUGGAGACCCUGGGGAAUGCAGUUCCAACUGCCAUACCCACGUCUCACAUGCAGAACGCGUAAUGCAGCUUAUGUAUACGCCCAGCCUGGCCGUGAUCCGGAUCGCAAUCAUCGCAUUGUCAAACGUCUGCUGCGUUGACGACCCCGACCCCGAUGAGCUCACUGGCUCACCGGAGCGAUUGCAGCAGCAGGGCCGGCACGUGUUGUCAGACGUGAGAGGAGGUAAUAACUACCGGACUCCUCACUCGCGCCUCGUUCGCUUGCUUGCAAUAUGUACCGUCGCCUGCGCACAAGUUCUCCUGCGUGGCUUGCAGGAACCUGUACUUGUUGUACCUGUGGUGCUACUGCUGACGAGACCGCA